CGCGAUAUCUCCGGACGCUUCGGACCCUGAGUGGCUGAGGGCUUCCGUGUAUCAUGGCGGUUGGAGUGUUCUGGACCAUAAGAGAUAAAAUUUUUCUACUGAGGACUGCUUUAGCUGUACCCCCCAAACAUUGAGUGGCUCUAUGAAGGAAGAAGUGGAAGAUUCUGCUGAAGAUGAGGCGAUUGAGUCGAAAGAAGACCUUAAAUCUAGUGAAAGAAUUGGAUGCCUUUCCAAAAGUUCCUGUAAGCUAUGUAGAGACUUCGGCAAUUGGGGGUACAGUUUCUCUAAUAGCAUUUACUACAAUGGCUUUGUUAACCGUAAUGGAGUUUUCAGUAUAUCAAGAUACUUGGAUGAAGUACGAAUAUGAAGUAGACAAGGAUUUUUCUAGCAAACUAAGAAUCAAUAUAGAUAUUACCGUGGCUAUGAAAUGUCAUUAUGUUGGGGCUGAUGUAUUGGAUUUAGCAGAAACAAUGGUUGCACCUGCAGAUGGUCUAGUUUAUGAACCAGUAAUAUUUGAUCUCUCACCCCAACAAAGAGAGUGGCAGAGAAUGUUGCAGACAAUUCAGAGUAGACUACAAGAGGAACAUUCACUGCAGGAUGUGAUUUUCAAAAGUGCUUUUAAAAGUGCUUCAACAGCACUACCCCCAAGGGAAGAUAAUUCUUUACAACCUCCAGAUGCAUGCAGAAUUCAUGGUCAUCUAUAUGUCAAUAAAGUGGCAGGGAAUUUUCACAUAACCGUGGGCAAGGCAAUCCCACAUCCCCGAGGUCAUGCACACUUGGCAGCACUCGUUAGCCAUGACUCCUACAACUUUUCCCAUAGAAUAGAUCAUUUGUCUUUUGGUGAACUUGUUCCAGGAAUUAUUAAUCCAUUAGAUGGAACUGAAAAAAUUGCUAUAGAUCACAACCAGAUGUUCCAAUACUUUAUUACAGUUGUGCCAACAAAACUGAAUACAUACAAAAUCUCAGCAGACACUCACCAGUUUUCAGUGACAGAAAGGGAACGUGCCAUUAAUCAUGCAGCAGGAAGCCAUGGGGUAUCUGGAAUAUUUAUGAAAUAUGAUCUUAGUUCCCUUAUGGUAACAGUGACUGAAGAACAUAUGCCAUUCUGGCAGUUUUUAGUGAGAUUGUGUGGUAUUAUUGGAGGAAUUUUCUCAACGACAGGUAUGCUACAUGGAAUUGGAAAAUUCAUAGUUGAAAUAAUUUGUUGUCGUUUCAGACUUGGAGCCUACAAACCUGUUACUCCUGUCCAGGAUGGCCACACAAACAACCACUUACCUCUUACAAAAAAUAGUAUACAUAGCACCUCCUGAGAAGAGGAGAAAAACUUUUUGCCUGACAAAAAAUCUUUUUUUAAAUAAUAAAGUAUUGUGCAAUAUAUUCAAAGAAAAAUAAGUAUGAAUGGGAAGGAGAAAUCACACCAUAAAAAAACAACCUAUGUGUUAGUCUUUUACAAAUUUGUUAGAAAAGGUUAUAAGGCUCAUCUUUUGAUUGAAUCUAAGAAAUUCUGUGAAGAAAAUCCCAACUACUAUCACAGCAGAUGGGCAGUCAACAUUAAAAUCAGAUCAUUCUUAUUGGUGAGGUAAAUUCUUAAAAGAAAAAGGUCAAACUGUAUUUGAAUAAAAAAGUAGGAGGCAUGUUGGAAUGAAAAUGUAUUUAAGAUUAAUUCAGAUGCUGAAAAUCAGUGAUUGAUCCCACCACUAACAAAGGAAAAGAACAAAAAUAGCUCCUAUGUAUAGCCUUAUUAACAUUAAGCCAUACUAAUACAAAGACUCCAUUGUAUUAAGAGUGAUCAAAAGUAAGAAAUGUGACCUAAUAAUAAUAAGAAAUGUCAUUGUAAUUGGCUCUUAAUUAUCUAACAUUGCUCAAGUCAAAAUGACAUUGAUGCUUAAGAAAUGUAACUAAGUACAAAUUCUUACUGAAAAAAUCUGAGAACUCUCUUGGGUGGUAGUUGUGAAAACUAUGAUUUUUUUUUAAAAAGUGCUUUUUUUUUUUUUAUUUGAUCAGUUUCUCUUUUUGCAAAGAGUUUAUACCUAAACAUAGAAUUUAAGGAGUUUAAAUUGAAAACAAUGCAUCUAUAAUAGUGAGAAUUAAUCUCAUGAGGGAAUUAAGACGUGGACUUAUCAUAUUUAUGUUUGUGUUGUGUUGAUUUAAGUUAAUUUAAAAAGCAAGUCAGAAGGAGUCAGCAUUAUGCUUAUAGAGAAGAUGCAGAAUUGUUAGAUACGAAAUGAAAGAAUGUGAUUUGUAACAUACCAUUUCUCUCUUGUAAAAUGAUGGGAUGUGACUAAAGUCAUUUUCAACCCUAAAAUUCUAUGGGACAAAGAAAUAAAUUGCUUUGUUACUAUUAAGAAUGUCAGCCCUGGGAUUACAUUUUUGCCGAGUGUGCAGUAUGUAGCUGUAACCUUAGGCUAAUUAAAAAUAACAGUAAUACAAUAAAGUUGAAGGUAAAAAGAGGAUUGUAAUUUGAACUACCAUUCAAGACUAUAUUUUCCUUUUCAAUAAACAUGCCAAACCUUAGUUUUCCUUUUGUAAUAAAUACUUAAGGACUUUGGAGGAAGCAUUUAUUCAUUCCCAAAGUUACAACCAUUAAGGGGAAAAGGAAUGUGGAAGUCUUCCAGGUAAGUAAUAGCUCAAGUUAGACAUAUGCUACUAUAAUAAACUGGAAAUUAAGUAGUGGCUUUGUAGAGAAUGGCCUCUUAGAAGAUGAUAAACUAAGAAAGUAAAAGUACUGCCUUGAAAAAUAAUGCAUUUCUUUGAAAAAGUAAAAGCUUCUUAAUUAGCUCAUUUUAUUUCUUCUUUAAAAGAGUUUGACUUUAGGAUUUUGGAAUUAUGAAUGACUCUUAAUUGCAUUCUGCAUAACAAAGUGCUAGAAUUUUACUCUAAAGAACAAUUUGUGGCAUGUACUUGAUUAAAUUUAAAAAAAAAUCAGAAUUAUCAUACUAUAAAGUUUUAUUGAAUUUCAUUUAAUGCAAUUUAGUUAUUUGUUUCCCUCAUUCAUUUUUAUCCCUGAGGGAAAAAUUCCCAACACAGUUAUAGAUCCAUCAGUUUGGUUUCAAAAGUAUAAGAAACCAGAUGUAUAGUUUUUAAAAAGUCAUUUUGCAAUUGCUUAAAUUCUUUUUUCUUCCUUUUAUCAUAAUUCUUAAGGUUUUGCAUCUGUACUAAUAAGAAAGCUGAAUUAUUAAUUUCUCCAAAUCAAAUCUAGUUUUCUCACAUUCCCAAAGCAGAUGAGUAAUCCUUUUGAAAAGGGAUUAUUAUAAGGCUUUGAAAAGAAUUACAAGUCUGUGACACCUGCUUGGUAGUUGUUACUGUCUGAGAAGUACAUCUGUGAGAAGUUAUCCUCAAUAAGUGUUUUUUUCCUUUGUACUUUGUGGUUCUAUUUAUAGGACUUUCCCUUUGACCUUGAUCUUUCUUUUAGUUCUUGCAGCUAUACUAAUCUUCCCUCCUCUCCUCCUCCCCCUAGAUUUUUAAAGUAUCUAAAAGAGAAGUAGGCAGAAGUUUUAACUUUUAUUAUCCAGUGCUUGAAAAUAUUGCUAUGAUAAUGUAUUUAUAGUUUGAAAAUUUUUUAGUUUAAGACUUCAGUUUAUAUAAAAUCAAUUUGUUCUUUGUUUCAUCAAUUUUUCAUGUUGAUUCAAAACAAAGAACAGCUCUACAAAUUAUUCUGGAUAAAAAUGAACUACUUACAUUUAUGUAGUUUUCUGCCACAUCUUUUUAAUCUCCAGAUCUUCCUCUUAUAAUCUUACUUCAUAGCAUAAGCAAUAUAAGGACAAGAUAAAAAAAAAAAUUCGUUAAAACACAUCAAUGUGAAUAUAUUUUUAAUCCCUAAUAAUUAACUUUAAAAAAUUAACAAAUUUCCUAUAAUAUUGCAUGUUUUCUAUAUGUCUGUAUUUCCUUCCCUAAUAUCAAUAAUUCAGGAAUGGUACUUAAAAUGGUUUCUACUCCUCUAUUACAGGCUCUUGAUUUAAGUCUAAAACUUAGAUUCACAUUCAAGGUGUAUACAUUAUGUGCAAGAAGAAAUUUUAAACUGAACUUUAGAACCUUAUAAGAUUUCAAGAAACCUUUUAAAGUAAAACUUUAAGCUCUUCUUAUUUUGGUUUCAUUCCCACAUGGCUUUCUUCUUCAAUUUUUGGAAUGACGACAGUGGUCUUUCAGCCUCCUAUUUUAGUGCUUCCAAAAUGAACAAUGUAUAUACAUCAUUUCUUCUGAAGUUUUGUGUGUGAUUUUCAAAAGUGUGCCAAGCACUGUGUUCUUGCUUUCGGGUCAGUAAUUUGUUUUUUAAACCUCUGGUGUUAAAAAACAAACAAACAAACAAAAAAAAAAAAAACUGACAUUUUCCCUUGAAGCAUUUAUACACAAUGACAAAGUAUUUUUGUGUUAGUCUACAAAUAUAGACCAAAAUGCCUUGUUUUAAGUUGUUUGCUUUGGGGUUUGUAUUGUUUUUUUAGGAAUAAGUGGGAAGAAUUGAAAAAUUAAAAAGAAUUCUUCCUCAUGACCUGGGACAUAAGGAAUAAAUAAAAUGGUAAACUAUCAAAACAA